AUGAGCUUCGGAGAAUGUCUGUCAGCUGUGGUGAAUGCCGUCAACGACGCGGUUGGUGACAUGUGCGGCUUCGAUCUCAUCCCCACAAGUUGUUCCGGCGUUUGGGAUUGUAUUUCGGAUGGGGUGAGCAACGCUCUCUCAUUCUUCGAGUGUGGAUUCUCGAUACUCUUGGAUAUACUCAAGAACAUGGUCAUGGCAAAUCUUCGCUGUCUGCCGAACAUCGCCGACGGCAUCAGGGCUGCCCUAUUCCCUCCCGAAGCGAUAAUUGCUACUACAGUUUUCGAGGCUUUGUGGAAUUUCGGCGAGAGGGUCGUGAACGGGAUCUACUCAGAAGCUGCGGCUGUGAGCAUCGACUUCUGUUGGAAUUCAGCCCCCACCGCCGAAUUCACUGACUGUGGUGCCUUCGAUUUCGUCAGCAGUAUGACUAUUUGGGACGUGCUUGACGUUUUCGGCAUGGCCCAGCGUUUCGCGGAUACCGUGGCGAAGUUCACUAAUUGCCUCACGAAGACUACAAGCCUCCCAGGGCUUAGUUUCGGCAUCCCCACUCCCUUCCUGAAAGUUGAUUGGACAGGAGGCUCGUGGUGUGCGCCAAGCUUUGUCCAAACUGCGGCCAAAGGUGUCAUUGGCGUGUUCAGGUAUAUAGCUUCAGGACGGAUGCUCGAUGACCUCAUCGUUGUAGGUGACAACCUCCUUACCAAUCUUCAGACGAGGCUGGAAGCAGUGUUCUGUGACGAAGGCGACUUUACCAUCACAUUGGGCGUCGACCUCCAGUUCGGAUACGCAGUUCUUGGAAUCAAGGCUCAGGCUGGAUGCCUCAAUGGAAGAUUCGCCGCAAAGAUUGUAGGGUUUGCUACGGGCAGAAUUUCCAUCUUCGGUUCGCCGUACAAGCGGGAGCCAAGUUCCUCUGCGUUCUUCAGUAUCGGUUGUACAGCGGGGCCCUCCAGCACGGAGUGGUCGUACUGGGAGUCGUCUCUGAGCGGCAGCCUGACGUUCAAUAUUUUCUCGGGGUCGGUUUCUCUGCCCCUCUAUCCAAAGCCGAAGCUCGAGUUUGGCUAUUCGUUCUCGCUCAGACUAUGGGAAAAAACAGCCACUCCCCCUCGCCUGUCGGAGGGGGAAUUCAACAAGACAUCGCUGCUGCCGGCGCUGCGCCUCCUCUCUGGGGCUACGUCCGACCCGAGCUUCGGCGAAAACGUCAAGAGCAAGUUCCCAGACCCCAAGCCGAUCCUCGAAGGGGCCCGCAACGGCUCGCUCGAGAGGUCCAGCAUGAACAGGAGUGCCGGUGACCUCUCCGGCAGGAUCGCAAUCUCUGUCACGAAGAGUUUUUGCUUCACCUGUGACGAUUUCGGAUCGGAGCCUGCCUGGGUCACGGGCCUCUCCAACAUGGCUCAGAAGUUCGUUUGCGCUGUGGGCCAGGCGAUGGCGGGAGCCUCCUGGGGUGCGCUGAGCCUCGCCCAGUGCUUCGCCCGCGUGGCGCAGUGGGAGGCGGCCGGGAACUACUGCGAGUAUUUGUAUUCCGACUCGCCGAACGACGGCUCGGGCAGCCUGGGGACCACUUGCGCCUGUAUGCCGCCGAAUUCGAUGUCUUCUGGGGCUUGCUACGCAGCUGUUGGAACCAGGGCCAGCGAUGGAUCUGCGCAUUUCGUGACCUACCGGCUUCAGAGGCUGACUUGCGAGACUGGGAGCGGAGCGGCAUGCAAGACUUGUGUCACGCCGCAGGACCGAGUGGUGAGAGACCAGUGUGAGACCUGCAACGACGGCCACAUACUGCUCGGCUACGUGUGCUCGGCCUACACGCCGUCGCCGACGCCAAAUCCCACGCUGUAUCCGACGCCAAGCCCGACCCCUUAUCCAACGCCGUAUCCGACGCCAUAUCCAACGCCAUAUCCAACGCCAUAUCCGACGCCAUAUCCGACGCCCUAUCCGACGCCAAGCCCGACGCCAGAACCGACGCCAAGCCCAACACCACUGCCACCCGGGGCCACGCAUGUUCCGACGCCAAGCCCGACGCCAGAGCCGACGCUGUAUCCGACGCCAAGCCCGACGCCAGACCCGACGCGGUAUCCGACGUCAAGCCCGACACCAGACCCAACUCGGAAUCCGACGCCAAGCCCGACGCCAGAACCGACGGCGACCAUGGCGACCUGCGUGGACGUCCCUGGGUGGGCGAGCAAGGAUGGUACACCUUGCUCCUGGUAUAACACGGCCAAUGUUUGCACCACGUCUGGAGGCUAUGCAUCGGGAUGGAAUUCUGGAUGGGGCACAUUUGCAGAUUGGGCGAACGAUGGAUAUGACGGCUCGACAGCAUGCUGCGGUUGUGGUGGGGGCACGUCGCCGACUCGUUGCCAGUACAUCGAGAUCCCUCCAAAUACAUUCGGGUAUGUUCAAUUGCCGUAUAGUAGCAACAUUCGAGCUCUGUCAAUGUGGCUUGCGCCGUACAAGGAUGGAGGCUAUCACUGGGAGUAG